AUGUUGGUUCUGAUCUGGUCAGCUGUGCUUUUCUCUGUGACGGGCAGUGAUGCUGACACAGGUGAUUCAGAAAUGAGAAAUCCACACUGUGACAGAGAAUACUGCGUCACUCUUAAUGUGAGAAAGCUGAUAGCAGAGGCUGGACUCUGAGUUGUGAUCCCGUGUUCUUUCAAGACUGCUGAAGGCUUUGAAACCCAAAAUAUAGUGUGGUAUAAAUGUGAAGAAUCAGAAGCAGGAUGUGAUCAUCCUGUCAUGAUAUUUCACACCAACAACUGCAUUAAAGUUCAGUCUGGGUUUAAAGCACGAGUGUCCUUUUUGGAGCCUGAGCUGAGCCAGAACAACUGCAGCAUCUUCAUUAAUAUGCUAAAACAGUCAGAUUCUGGAUCAUAUCACCUCAGAGUUAUUGGUGAACUGAAUGGAAAACCUGAUGGAUUUUCAUUCUCACUGAUGUUCAACCUGAGUUUGAAGGACGAGUGCAUUAAUCUGAAGCCCAGAGUAAUGAUUCUCAUACUGACAGAGGGACAGCAGGCCACACUGACCUGUGUUGCUCCUGGUCUCUGCUCUCGAUCUGUUCCUGAAAUCACCUGGACAUGGAGAGGAGCAGGAGGGACUGAAUCUUACAUUACAGGAAACAGCACUGAUUUCAAGACUGAGAAUCUGGCGGCUUUCACACAAAGACACAUCUCAACUUUGACCUUUAACGCUUCAUCUGAACACCACAACACCAGUAUCACUUGCAAGAUCAACUUCACAUGUGGAAAAACUAAAGAGGAGACUUUGACAGUAAAUGUGAAAUUUCUUAAUCAGAAGCCCAGAGUAAUGAUUCCCACACUGACUGAGGGACAGCAGGCCACACUGACCUGCACUGCUCCUGGUCUCUGCUCUGGAUCUGUUCCUGAAAUCACCUGGACAUGGAGAGGAGCAGGAGGGUCUGAAUCUUACAUUACAGGAAACAGCGUGGAUUUCAAGACUGAGAAUCUGACUGAUGCAACACAGAGACACAUCUCAACUUUAACCUUUAAUCCUUCAGCUGAACAACACAACACCACUGUUACCUGUAAAAUCCACUUCACAGGUGAAACAACUACAGAAGAGGCUUCAACUUUGAAAGUAAACUAUAUGAAGGACGUUGAAGUCAUUGGGGUGACAAGUGUGAGGGAGGGAAAUGUUCUGAAUCUGACCUGCAGUGUUGAAAGUUUCCCGCCAGCUCAUAUUGUGUGGAAAAAAGUUCCUCCCAACACAAACCUUCAGACUGAAAACACUGACCUGCACUAUGAUACUGGAUCUGCUACACUUGUCAGUCCGAAUGUGACAGCAGAAAAUUCUGGGCAGUACAUCUGUAUGGCAAAACAUCUGGACAAAACACUGACUUCCUAUGUCAAUGUGACUCUGACA